AUGAAACAUCUUGUUAUUAUAGGUGGAGGGAUUGCAGGUAUUACAUGUUUAGAAUCCUAUCACUAUUUGAAACCAAAUGAUAAAAUUACUUUAUUAUCUUCAUCACCUCUUUUAAAAUCAAUUAAACAAGUAAAUAGAUUAACAAAAGUAUUGGAAGAGAUUCAAGUUGAACAAGUUACAAUUGAUGAAAAGAUUGAAAAGUUUACAACAAAUGAUGAUAAUAAUAAUAUCACUAUAUCGAUUAGUAAUGUCUACAAAGUUGAUACUGUAAAUCAAUUGAUUUAUUCUAGAUCUAUUGAUAAUAAUGAAGAGGUAGAAUCAAAGAUUCAUUAUGAUUAUCUUUGUAUUUGUACAGGUGCAAAACCAAAUAUUAUACCAAUGAAAUCAAAUUAA